ACUAAAGUGAACGUCACACCUUCCUUCCAGAUCCUAGGAUAGAUGCAUUGUGCGAGCCGGAAGAAAGCGGAAAGUCACAACAAUAAACAACCCACAGUGUUGUUGUUUUUCGGACUUGGAGCUAUUUCAAUUCUCUUUGGGUUUCCUAAAUUGCAAGGCAUUUUUUUUUUUAAAUUCAGGCCGGUUUACUAAGCUAACCCUUGCCCAGUGGAGGAAAGUUGACCUCUCUGGAAAUUUCUCCCCUAGCCACCCCCGUUUGCAAACUUGAGAGCCAAGCGAGGGGGGUCAAACAGGCAGCCGAGCAGCCCCGCCGGCCAACUUUCAAAGCCGGGGGCGACUGCUUGCUAACUUGUUUUUCCAAAGGGCUCUUCUAGGCCCCGCCUUCCAACCCUCGGAUUGGCCUCUGGGCUCCGGGGGCGUGGCUGCGGAGGGGCGGCCGGAGUAUUUAAAGGGGCCGUGCGCCCUGGAGAGCCCAAAGCGCGAUUUGCGCCCCGCUUGACCGCACGUCGAGCUUUCCUCCCUCCCGAGCUUCAGUGUUAUUUUCCCCCCCAUCUUCCUCUUCCUCCUCCUCUCGGCCAUGCUGUUCGAUCGGCUGAAGCGCUUCUCCAUCGUGCUGGACUGUCCGGAGUUGGCCUCUCCGCCGGUCUUCAGCUCGGGCGAGACCGUGAUCGGCCGCGUCGUGCUGGAGCUGUCCGGCGAGGCGCGCUUGGGCUCCCUCGACAUCCACGCCGAGGGCUGCGCCAAGGUCCACUGGACCGAGUCCCGCAGCGCCGGCUCCAGCACCGCCUACACGCAGAGCUACGGCGACCAGGUGGAGUUCCUCAACCACCGGGAGACCCUCCUCGCCCCGCCAGACAAUGGAGAUGUCACCGUCCUCCAGGCAGGAAGGCAUGAGUUUCCCUUCACUUUCCAGCUCCCGGGGACCUUGGCCACCUCCUUUGAAGGCAAGCAUGGCAGUGUCCGCUACUGGGUGAAGGCCAAAUUGCACCGGCCUUGGUCUUCCGUCAAACGAGCCAAGAAGGAGUUCACAGUCAUUGAACCCAUUGAUAUCAACACACCAGCCUUAUUGACUCCCCAGGCUGGUGCCAAAGAAAAGCUGGCGCGAGCGUGGUACUGUAACCGUGGCCAGGUUUCGGUCUCAGCCAAAAUUGAUCGGAAAGGCUACACACCAGGUGAGGUCAUCCCCAUCUUUGCUGAAAUUGACAACUGCACCAACCGUUCUAUCUUACCAAAAGCUGCCAUCAUCCAGACACAGACAUUCAUUGCCCGAGGCACUAAAAAACAGAAGAAAUGCGUGGUGGCAAGCAUUGCGGGAGACUCCAUUAUACCAGGGACAAGAGAAGUGUGGCAUGGCCGUGCACUGAAGAUCCCACCGGUUGGACCCUCCAUCCUGCAGUGCCGCAUCAUCCAUGUUGAAUAUGCACUCAAGGUCUGUGUUGACAUCCCAGGGACCUCCAAGCUGCUCCUGGAGUUGCCACUAGUGAUAGGCACAAUUCCUUUGCAUCCUUUCGGCAGCCGCACUUCCAGCAUCAGCAGCCAGUACAGCCUCAAUAUAGAUUGGCUACAGUUGGGGAUCUCUGAACGCCCGGAAGAGGUGGACCCCAACCCUCCCUCUGACAACAGCAUCCGUCCACGUUGCAUGACUUGCUGAAGGAAGCCGCUGUCUGACUUGAUAUCAAAGGAAAUCCUUUCAUAAGAGAGAUUACAGCAGUGGAAGCUCAACGGUGGGGUGAAGAAGAAGACUUUGCCCCAGGAGAAAUGUGGGGUGCCCAUUCUUAGUCCGGUGCUCUGCACAGGAAGCCUUCAUUGGACUCUCUCCGCAACCGAGCGAGCUAGAUCGGCAUUGGUGAUGAAGAGCGAGAACAGAGCUCUUCCCCAGCGCUUAAAGUGGUGACUGUUUUAAGAUCAGCACAAAAGCAUUUUGAACUUUAGACCGAUCUACUGUGCUUUCCUUGGGUGCAUUUCACUAUGUCCUUCCUACACCUACAGAGGGGGUUUUUACUCUAUGUAAAGGGAAGCUGCAGAAGGAACCCACUCACCCUGAGAAUCUGAGAAGAUGCUUCUGCUCCAUUGCCUAGAAUUCCACCAAUGUCUUUUGGACGGAAGUUGGCUAAAAGACGUCCUGCCUUAUGACGCUGUGUCGCUAUUAACACUUCUGACAUUUUUUUUUGGAUUACCCAGCUGGGUUUCACUUUUAAUUUCAUUUCAUCAAGCAGAGGCAUAUGGGAAUGGUCAGGGGCCGAGUGGAGAAGAAUCUCCAGUCUAAAAAUGGUUGAGAAGGACAGAAGGGGUGCACAUCUUUUUCUCCCUUACAUCAGGGGGGAGUGACUUGUUUUUGAUUAAUGCAACAGAAUUGCCGUUGUACUAUCAGGGUAUAGGGUUGACGUGGUUUGUAACAGGUGGUUGGUUUUUGCAAUUUCAUUUAGAGUGGGUCUAAAUUCUCAAAACGAACCCUUUGAGUUACAGAAUUUAGAGAGAAAAAAACCUUUAGAAUGUUGGCUGUACGAAUUCAACAGAAAUGGAGAAUAGAAAUGGGUGGUAUGAAAAGUUAUUUGGGAGCAUGCUUUUCCCCCAUUUCAAAAUGUGUCUUAAUUAGACUCCCAAGAGGAUUAGGGGGGGAGUGAAUUCCCCCUCCCUCAAAUGCAUUCCGAAUGCUUCUAAGCAUGUAAACAUCCUGCUUCUGCCCCCGUGCGGGACUGGUGGCCUUGUUUUUGUACCUCUUUUCUGUUAUAGUGUAUACUCUGGUUUGAUACUGACAUAAACCUAUUUCUAGGUUCGCAUUUUAUAAACGUGGCUGCCUUUAACUGUUUGAAAGCAAAUGUGUGUUUCUCAGAAUUCCUAGUUUUGUACGAGGUUUGCAAUUAAAUUAAUCCAACUUUUUAA